AUGGCCAAAGUCUGGAUCGGUGCGUACGAGGGCAACCUUCCCGAGGGUAUCCCGGAGCGGGACGUCGAGGACGAGUUUAGCCGGUUUGGGGUGCUGCGUAAGGUCUGGGUGGCCCGCAGGCCCUCUGGAUUUGCCUUUGUGGAGUUUGAGGACGCACGGGAUGCCGACGAUGCAAUUCGGAAGCUGGACGGCUUCCAGGGAUGGCGUAAACGGCGCUGGGGCACCAAUCUCCUCCUCGUCGCCGCCCCCUUCUUUAUUUGCGCCCUGCUCUGGAUUCUGCAAAAUGUGAUAAACCGGCAGCUGGACUCAAGAUCCUUCAAGUGCGGCUGUCGCUGCCUGUCCUGCUGCGACUGGCUCCCCACCCCAGCCAACUACUCGGCCGACCUCCCGCCCUACACAUACCAAUGCUAUGAGGCCGGCCCUGCCCUGCCCUGCUCGCCGUAUGCAGACUGCAGCGCCUACGACGACAACGACUGCGGCUACCUGUCCUCCACGGCAGACCAACCCCUGCUCUUCACAGGCAAGGACCAGGAGCUGGCGACGCAGCUGAUGGCGUCCAUGUGGUCCCGCCCCGACACCAUCUCGGCCGCGGUGGCUGCCGCCGCGCUCUCCAGCUCAGCCGGGGGGGGUGCCUCCCUGCCCUCCUCCGCGCCCACUACCGAAGCCCAGUUCGUGGAGGCCACGGCCGCGCUGGCGUCGGGCCUGCACCAGUUUGGGCUGGUGCUGGGCACGCAGGCAGGCACCAGCAUUUCCCUGCUCAUGGAGCCGGCCUUUGUGGCCCAGGGCAGCGAGGAUGAUGCGCCCGUGAAGCCGUCCCUGUACUUCAGCAUGGGCAACUGCAGCAGCCUGUCGGCUGCGGACCAGGCCGCGCUGGCGGGCAUCGGUGAGAGCAUCACUAACAUGACCGGGUUCCCCGUGGCCUGCGCCUCCCUCCCCGGCACCUGGCAGGACACCCCGGCGGACAUGAUCAGCGCCGUGUACUGCGGCUGGGCGGCGGCCGACUGCGUGGUCGUGGACGGCGUGCGCAGGUCGGCUGACCCCGGCCGCACCUCCAAGCGGGAGUUUGCCUCGGGGCUGUACGACUGGCGCGACACCUCCCGCAGCGCCAUGCGCGUCGCGGUGUGGGUGAACAACUCGGACGUCGCCAGCCGCGCCGGCGGCCCGCCCGACGUCCAGCGCUGGAACCAGCCCCUGAACCUGGCCUCCAGUGCUUUCUUGAGGGCGGCUCGGGGCCCCGGCGCCUCCGCCAGCCUGACUGGGGUCAAGGACAUGCCGCGCGGGUCGUCCCGCCUGUCCCUGGACUUCUCCUCCCUCCUGGGCCCGCUGUUCAUGAUGUGGUUCAUGCAGAUGCUGCUCCCCGUCAACGUCUACAGCCUGGUGCACGAAAAAGAGGAGAACCUGCGCAUGAUGAUGAAGAUGCAGGCGAGUCGGUCGCGCGGGGGCCUGGCGUGCUGGGGUGGUGGAGCGGGGGGGUGGGAGCCCCGUGGAUCCUGGCGACGACCCCCAGUCCAGAACCUGUGCGGCCUGCGGGACGGCGUGUACUUUGCGGUGCAGUACAUCUGGAUGGUGCUGCUGUACUGCAUCUUCAUGGGCGUGUUUGUGCUGGUGGGCGGGGGCAUCGGCCUCAAGAUCUUCACCAUGAACUCCUACAGCGUCCAGGCCGUGUUCUACCUCAUCUGGGGCAACCUGCUGGCCUCCUGGUCCCUGUACUUCUCCUCGCUUUCCAGGAACGCCCGCUCCGCGGUGCUCACCUCCACCGUCAUGAUCAUCGUGACAGGUUUCGUGGCCAACCUCGUCCUGGUGCAGUACGUGGAGCAUGGGCCGGCGGUGGUGGCACGCAUCCUGCAGCUCCUCCCGUCCUUUGCGCUGUUCAGAGGUCUGUAUGAGCUGGCCCAGUACGCCUUCCUGGCGGACCGCAACGGCGGACCCGGCAUGACGUGGGCCUCCCUGCGCGACCCGGACAACGGCAUGCUGACCGUGUGGAUUAUCAUGCUGGUCGAGUGGGCGGUGCUGCCCUGGGUGGCGCUGUACAUCGAGGCGGUGCGGGGCACGGGGACGGGCGUGCGCAAGCACCCCUUCUUUUUCCUGGGCCUGAAAUACCGGACCGAAGCCGGCCCCCGUGGCGCUGCUGGAGGCGGCGGCACAGAGGCCAACAAGUCGCCGAGGAAGGUCUGGGCCUGGGGCGGGCGCACGGCCUCGCCGCACCUCCCGGGCAAGGGCCCCGCCUUCCGGCCCGGCGCUGCCGAGGCGGGCGCGGACCUGUCCCGCAGCCAGAGCGGCAUCUCCACCGCCUCCUCGUCCUGCUCCUCCACGACGGGCGCGCUGGACCGCGGCGCGCCCUCCCCCGGCGACGCGCUGGCGCACUACUACGGCUCCGAGCCCGGCGCGGCGCUGAGCCCCCAGCUGGCGCGCGGUGUCUCCUCCCUGUCCAACCCCGAGGCGCUGCAGACUCUGGCGGCCGUGCUGGCGGGCCGCAUCGGGGACGGCGCACGGCGCGCGGUGGCGGAGGACGCGGGCGCCGGCAAGCCUCCGGCGCCCGUGUACCCAGGGGCGCACGGCUGCGACCCCAAGACGGCGGUGGACAACCUGUCCCUGGCCAUCUACCGGCGCGAGUGUUUCGGCCUGCUGGGGCCCAACGGCGCAGGCAAGACGACCACCAUCCGCAUGAUGGAGGGUUUCCUGGAACCCUCCGACGGCGAGGUCAUCGUGGGUGGGCACUCCAUCCGCAACGAGAUGGACACGGUGUACGGCCUGACAGGCGCCUGCCCCCAGCACGACCUGCUCUGGUCGGGGCUGACCGCGCGGGAGCACCUCAUGUUUUACGGCAGGCUGAAGAACCUGGGGGGGAAAGCGCUGACCAGUGCCGUGGCCGAAGGCCUGGCCUCUGUCAACCUGACGGCGGUGGCGGACGACCUCGCAGGGAGCUACAGCAAGGUGUACCCAGGGGCGCACGGCUGCGACCCCAAGACGGCGGUGGACAACCUGUCCCUGGCCAUCUACCGGCGCGAGUGUUUCGGCCUGCUGGGGCCCAACGGCGCAGGCAAGACGACCACCAUCCGCAUGAUGGAGGGUUUCCUGGAACCCUCCGACGGCGAGGUCAUCGUGGGUGGGCACUCCAUCCGCAACGAGAUGGACACGGUGUACGGCCUGACGGGCGCCUGCCCCCAGCACGACCUGCUCUGGUCGGGGCUGACCGCGCGGGAGCACCUCAUGUUUUACGGCAGGCUGAAGAACCUGGGGGGGGAAGCGCUGACCAGUGCCGUGGCCGAAGGCCUGGCCUCUGUCAACCUGACGGCGGUGGCGGACGACCUCGCAGGGAGCUACAGCGGCGGGAUGAAGAGGCGGCUCUCCGUCGCCAUCGCGCUCAUGGGAGACCCUCUGGUGGUGUACCUGGACGAACCCUCGACCGGCCUGGACCCCGCGUCAAGGCGGCUGCUGUGGAACGUCAUCAAGAAGGCGCGGCGCGACAAGGCCGUGGUACUCACCACGCACUCCAUGGAGGAGGCGGAGGCCCUGUGCGACCGGCUCGGCAUCUUCGUCGGUGGGCGGCUUAGUUGCCUGGGAGAUCCCAAGGACCUGACUGCCCGCUUCGGCGGCUAUCUGUCCUUCACAAUCACGACGCCCCCUCAUCAGGAGGCAGCAGCAGCAGCAGUGGUCAGGAGCAUCUCCCCCUCUGCCCGGCCGGUGUAUGCUCUGGGAGGCACCCAGAAGUUCGAGCUGCAGUUGCAGGAGACCUCGGUGGAUGCAGUAUUCGCCACGAUGGAGGAGAUCAAACUCAAGGGUGUCUUGGAUGUGAUCGACUGGGGUGUGUCCAAUGCCACCCUGGAGGAGGUGUUUAUCAAGCUCUGCUCAUCCUCUGGCAUAAAACUGUCUGCCUUCACAUGA